AUGCCUGACCCUGGGCAAUGCGAACCGGCACUGCGACACAUGGACUGGACAAGGGCUAUGGGAAAUCACCAGCGCGAGGAGCAACUCCGUGCAUUUCUUGCAGAGUACCCCGCGGAUCUGCGACGGAAAGUCCAAGAGAUGGAGCAGGCGCUCCUCAACAAGGACUUCAACCGUCUGCAAGAAGCUGCACAACAGGUUAUGGGAUCGUCUUCUUUUGUUGCCGCGAUGCAGCUGCAUGACUUGGCCAUGCAGCUUGAAGAGGCGAUCGACCUGGAAACCGGCUCCAUCCCGGAGAAGACACAGAAAGUUGUGGAAGAGGCUCAGGAGCUUGAGAAGGAGCUAAUCCAGGCUGGCUUCGUCCACAAGGAUGAGCCUUCGCGAUCACAGAGCAACAGUAAGGCCUGUUGCAACGUGUCAUAG